AUUUUUGUCUCCCUUCUCUCUUAUCAGCUUGUCUUAUGGAUCACAGACGGUCAUCUAUCUCUGAAGGCUCGGUUACUUCAGAAGAUUUGGCUUCUAAAGAUCUACCCUCUCGCUCGUACUAUUCAUCUCACGUCCAACCUGAUAUAGCCUUUGAAAAAUACAGUGCUUCUAUAGAGGCCAUUCGAAAGCAAUCACUCGCACUUGGAAAUAUUGCUCUCGAGGAUUCUGACCCUAGUGAAGAGCCUUUGGAAUUUGAAGCCUCACCUCCAUUAUCUGUUUCCGCUGGAUCGCCAGUCAAUCAUACCAACUCGGAACUCAACGUCAACCCUCAAAGCCCACCACAAAUUCGACUACCACCUCCUAUGAAGAAAAGCCCGUUGCGACAGGCACGUGAAAGUGUAGUGCAUGGAUCAAAUGUAUGGAAUCAUGGUAUCAAAAGGAUGAAAAUGAUGCGUGCAAAGGAUGUAUGGCGGGAGGCAGUGGUAGUUCCCGCAGGAUACAUACCCGCGGUGAUUCUAGGCUUAUUGCUUAAUUUGCUUGACGCCAUCUCCUAUGGCAUGAUUACUUUUCCAACCAGUAACGCGAUCUUUGCGAAAUUUGGGCCAGAUGGUAUAUCCAUGUUUUUCGUCAGUUCUAUCGUAUCACAGUUGACCUAUUCAUGCGGCGGAAGCAUAUUUGGUGGAGGUAACGGAAGUAUGAUGAUUGAGGUAGUGCCUUUCCUCCACAUCAUGGCGGAUUCGAUAACGAGGCAAAUUGGAGAGGACAAGCCCCAUGAAGUGAUAGCAACUACUAUUGUGGCAUUUGCUAUCAGUAGUAUCAUGACUGGUGUGGCAUUCUAUAUCUUGGGAGCUAUGAAACUUGGUUCUCUCAUAGGCUUUUUCCCUCGCCAUAUCUUGGUCGGUACCAUUGGUGGAGUGGGUUGGUUCUUGGUGGCUACCGGAAUCGAAGUAUCAGGACGACUGGAAGGUGGCAUGGUCUACGAUAUUCCAACCAUGAAGGAGAUCUUUCUCAACACACAUACCCUGCUUUUGUGGACUUCAGCGCUUGGCGUUGCACUACUGCUCCGUGCACUGCAGCAUAAAAUUAAGCACCCGUUAUUGGUCCCAGCAUUUUUCAUGAUCGUCCCAUCCUUAUUUUGGUUCGUUGUCCUAGUGGCAGGAUUGGAUGUCGACCAAGUUCGUAACGACGGUUGGAUUUUCCCUCUUGUCGAGGGUGAUGUUCCAUUCUGGCAUUUCUAUACAUAUUACGACUUCAGCGCCAUUGACUGGGCUGCGCUAUCUUCAACCAUACCGGCUAUGUUGGCGUUGACUUUCUUUGGCGUUCUCCAUGUUCCUAUCAACGUCCCUGCGCUAGGCGUAUCUACCAACCGAGAUGACGUUGAUGUCAAUAAAGAACUUGUCGCUCAUGGCAUCUCCAAUACAUUGUCAGGAUGUCUUGGUUCAGUUCAAAAUUAUCUUGUAUAUACCAACAGUUUACUUUUUAUCAAGUCUGGAGGCGACAGUCGACUUGCUGGUCUUAUGCUAGCUGGUGCUACCACUAUUUUAUGGGUUGCAGGACCUGGCAUCGUUGGCUAUAUACCCGUUAUGGUGGUAGGAGCUUUGAUUUUCCACUUGGGCUUGGACCUCUUAAAGGAAGCCUUGGUCGACACGUGGGGAAAUCUUCACCACUUUGAAUACAUCACCAUUUGCGCCAUCAUCUUCUUCAUGGCAUGGUUAGGUUUCGUCGAAGGUAUCUUUUUGGGCAUCGUUAUGGCCUGCAUCUUCUUUGUGGUGACCAACUCAAAGCGCGGUGCCAUUCGAGGGGUCUACUCUGGAAAUACCAUUCAUUCAACUGUGCGAAGAUUGUUCCGCCAACAAAAGUUUUUGAAUCAAGUUGGAAACCAGAUUAUGAUCGUUUUACUGCAAGGCUAUUUGUUCUUUGGCACGAUUGGCCAAGUCGAACGAUGCAUACGAGAUGCUCUAGACCAAAUGGCAUGGGAGCAAACUCCGAUACGAUUCCUUGUAUUGGAUCUCAAGUUGGUUCAAGGCAUUGACUUUAGUGCUUCCGAAGCGUUUGUUCGACUCAAGCGUCUUCUCAAAUCAAAAGACGUGUAUCUAGUGCUAUGCAAUGUUGACCUUGAUACCGAAAUCGGCCAUGCUCUUUGGAAGGCAGGAAUGAUGCACACGGAAGAAGAAGCCGGUAACAAUUUACAAUGUUUCGCUAUUUUAAACGAAGCUCUGGAAUGGUGUGAAAACAUAUUGCUGGAAACUUAUUAUGCCAAGCAUGCUGUCUUGGCACAGCAGCGUCGACAAGCUACAAUAGCAAAAUCCGUUAAGAGUGAUUCAACUGACAGAGAUGCCCUACGAGGUACAGUAGCAUCAUCGCCAAGACAGAAUAUGCUGGUCCAAGCGGUCCAAAAGGUGUUCAAUGAUGCCCCUGUGGUGCAAUCCAAUAUGGCCCAGCCAAUUGCCAUCAUGACCCAAGCUUUUGGAGAGCUUUCAAGUAGCGCCAACCCAGAUCUGUAUAUGCAUUUGGCACCCUACUUUGUACGAGUCACUAUAUCAACCAGUACCAUCCUUUGGUCUCCCGGUGAACCAUCGACAUGCUUGUAUAUAAUUGAAAAAGGGCUGCUAAAAAGCAGCAUGCUCGAGCGCACUGAGGAUUCAGAGCGACUUCAGCUUAUUGCCACGGAAAGUAUUCUGCCUGGCACUAUUGUGGGUGAACUGGGACUGUUUACCGAAUCCCCCCGCACCAAGACGCUGACCGCUGAACAAGACUCUGUUCUCUGGAAAAUGUCUAAGCAAGACUUCAAUCGAAUGCUAGAAAAAGAACCCACUGUUGCUAAUCGUUUUAUGAGAAUGGCCUUGAACUUCUCAGCCGAACGCUUAAAACUUGUGUCUAGCUUUGCCUUUGAGCUUAACUAAGCCACGGACCAUGAAUCUCCCAGGCGUCUUUUCAUUAAAAAAAAAAAAAAAAAUUAUUUUUGGGAUUAAAUUGGGAAAUCUGCCAGUGCCGGGUAUCCAAAUGAAAACCCAAUGACGGGCGUGACCGAAUACCUUCUCAGUAAAAAGUGUUUCCCUAUCCCAUCGGAGAGAACUGCAAAAGUGCGU